UCUCUAGAUUUCCUCCUGGAACGCCGGGUUUGUGUGACCAGAAAAUUACUUCUUUAUUGCGGCGCUGCAGACACCUUUGCUCCACGGUGAUUGGCCUGCAGCGGGGUCCGCGCGUUUGUCCAAUAUGGCGGCGCCCAGUGGCGGUGUGAACUGCGAGGAGUUCGCCGAGUUCCAGCAUCACAUAAUGACUUUAAAAUGUCAUCUGCUGAGAGCUCAAUCGAUUCCACUUAUACAGCUAGUUCUUGGUGACACCAACUAAGUGAAGCUGAAAUGGGCUAUGGGAGUGUGAUGUCAUGAUUCUCAAAGGAAUUACUCAAGGUGAUGAGGACAAUUGAUGACAGAAUAGUACAUGAAUUAAACACUACGGUUCCAACAGCUUCCUUUGCAGGGAAAAUUGAUGCCAGCCAAACCUGUAAACAACUUUAUGAGUCUUUGAUGGCAGCUCAUGCCAGUAGGGACAGAGUCAUAAAAAAUUGUAUAGCCCAGACCUCAGCAGUAGUAAAAACCCUCCGAGAAGAGAGAGAAAAGAAUUUGGACGAUUUAACGUUAUUAAAGCAACUUAGAAAAGAGCAGACAAAGUUGAAAUGGAUGCAGUCAGAAUUGAAUGUUGAAGAAGUUGUAAAUGACAGGAGCUGGAAGAGACAGUCUCGCUUUGUCGCCCUCCUUAGAGUGCUGUGGCGUUAUAGCUCACAGCUACCUCCAGCUCUUGGUCUUAGGUGAUUCUCUUGCCUCAGCCUCCCUAGUAGCAGGGACUACAGGUGCCCGCCACAACGCCCAGCUAUUUUUUGUUGCAGUUUGGCCGGGGCCGGGUUUGAACCCACCACCCUGGAUCUUUGAGACCAGCACCCUACUCACUGAGCCACAGGUGCCACCCAUCUCUCUUAAUGGUUUUUCCUUAAAUAAUUUAAUUUUAUUAAAAAUACAGUAGAACCUCGAUAGCUGACCACUCCCUACAUUGAUCACCUCCUUAAGUUGACCUAAUUUUCAUAGACUGGACAUGCAUCACAUGUACAUAUUAGUACAGUGGGCCUAGU